AUGAACCGCACUUCCCAACCCUUCUUCACGCAUGGAAGCCCCAGUCUCCCCUCAAAUUAUGAGAUGCUCAAGGAGGAACACGAGGUGGCCGCGCUGGGGGCACCCCUCAGCCCCGCGCCUCUCAGCCCGGUGCCCGUGACGUCCACCGUGAUCAACAUCCGCAGUGAGACCUCGGUGCCGGACCACGUUGUCUGGUCCCUCUUCAACACGCUCUUCCUGAACUUCUGCUGCCUGGGCUUCGUGGCGUUCGCCUACUCCGUGAAGUCUAGGGACCGGAAGAUGGUGGGUGAUGUGAUUGGGGCCCAGAGCUACGCCUCCACCGCCAAGUGCCUGAACAUCUGCUCGCUGCUCUUCAGCCUCCUUGGGGUCAUCGUGGUCAUCAUCCUUCUUGCCACUGGGGCACUGAUAAGCACCGAAGCCAUUUCACAGACGGUAGAGAAACUUGGGGGCUACUAG